AUGCAGCAAAGCUUUAACAGCAUUCCAAUGUCGAACGAGCUGUCUCCACGAGGGACUCCGAGCCAAUGAGAGAGGGAGACACAGUCAAAAGACUGGGGGCGUGAGGACGAGGGGGUGGGGGGGUCAGAUGUUUUCAGUGAGCGUGACAAGAGAGAGAGCGUGUGUGUGUGCGCGCGUGUGUGAUCCACAUCAACAAACAAGCGACACUUAAAGAGCGCGCAGGAAAAAAUGGUCACAUUUCUCAGGCUCCUGAAAACGUGCUGCGCGUCUUAUUGAUGAGCGGGGAGGGUUCAAACCACUUUCCUCUGAUGCUACUUUCAUAGUGACUGUACACAGCUCAAUGCGACGAGAGAACUCCCACAACAAACAGCCUGACAUCCCAGAGUGACGCUUUCAGAGGCAGCAGACCUGCGAAGACCCACCUGGAUCAUCCGGGAUCUGCCUUUUCUUUGUGCGCCUUUCUCGCCUUUUUUCUGGGGUUUGACCCUCGAUGCGUCGCGCGCACUCCGUUCCCUGGAAGCUUUGGGACCCUCUGCAUGCACCUUUGCGCUUCAUGACUCUUUCACCUGUUUCAACCAAACUCUUGAGAGGCGACCAGCUGCUGAAGGUGCACAACUGAGCGCGCAAUUUUACGCACGGAGCAGAAACCACUGAGGAACAUGGACAACAGUCCUGGUGGAGGUGUUAUUUUGUACGCCGGCUCAUCUGGAAGUGCCAGUCCGAGUCCUGGCAGCCCCUCAAGCGGAUACCAGACCCAGUCGCCGUCCUCCCACUCGCAGCCCUCAUCUCCCGAGGGUGUCGCCUUUCAGGAGAUCGGAGCCCUGAAACAUAGCGGCGAGGGAGGAACCGUCUCCCCAAAAAUGGUUUUUCAGUUUCCUGAAGUAAGCAGUGCUCCAGUUGCUCAGAUAACGACGGUAUCAUCAUCGACCUACAGCCACCCAACGGUGGCCAAAAGGUCCUGCGGUUUCACCGGCACAUUCACCAAGACUGGAGGCAUGGUGCUUUUGUGUAAGGUGUGCGGGGACAUCGCCUCCGGGUUUCAUUAUGGCGUUCAUGCCUGCGAAGGCUGCAAGGGUUUUUUCAGACGCAGCAUCCAGCAGAACAUCCACUACAAGAUGUGUGUGAAGAACGAGAACUGUCUCAUCAUGCGCAUGAACCGGAACCGGUGCCAACACUGUCGCUUCAAGAAGUGCCUCUCUGUGGGAAUGUCCAGAGAUGCCGUUCGCUUUGGCCGAAUUCCCAAACGGGAGAAGCAGAGACUCCUAGACGAGAUGCAGAGCUACAUGAACAGCCUGAGUGAAUCGUCGUCUGUGGAGAUGGAGGUGUCCCCCAACGCCGAUGCCCCCGGCAGCCCGCAGAACCAGACCAACGGCGGAGCUGUUCUGCAGUCGUACAGCGCUGACGAGAAGCCCAUCAAGAUAUCUGCUCCCAACAGAAACCUCAGUCCUCCUCAUCCGUGUUUCCAGAACUCCUCAGUUCCGGAAACCAACCGCUCCAACGCGCCGGUUCAGGUGAAGCAGGCCACAAACUACCACGUCCCUACCAGUGUCGCCAUGGCGCCCUGCAGCAACGCAAGCUCUACCAAUGCCAAUGUGGACAAUUACAUGUUCUCCUCCAAUCACAAUCAAUGCCCCAUGAGCAGCAACCAAUCACCUCACAGCUAUGCAACCAGUCAGAACAGCUUCCCCGCCGCUGAUUUCCAAAACCAAAACUCCUGUCCCUGGAAGCUAAACGGAGGAGCCAAAGUUCUGGCUUGUCCUCUGAAUUCGUGUCCCGUGGCUCCUGCCAGCCGCUCCAGCCAGGAGGUGUGGGAGUCCUUCUCCCAGUGCUUCACUCCUGCCGUUAAGGAAGUGGUGGAGUUUGCAAAGAGCAUCCCAGGCUUCCAAACCCUCAGCCAGCAUGAUCAGGUCAUGCUGCUUAAAUCCGGCACCUUCCAGGUUCUUAUGGUCAGGUUCUGCUCACUGUUCGACCCCAAGGAGAGGACGGUGACCUUUCUCAAUGGACAGACGUACUCGCUGGCGUCACUGAGGGCUCUGGGAAUGGGCUCCUUACUGGACGCCAUGUUUGACUUCAGUGAGAAGUUGGGAUCUUUGGGUUUGGAGCCAGAUGAGAUGGCCCUUUUCAUGGCUGUUGUGCUGGUGUCUGCAGACCGCUCUGGUAUUGCAGAGGUGGCGGCGCUGGAGCAGCUGCAGGAGAACCUCAUAAAAGCCCUGCGCUCGCUCAUCAGCAGUCGGAGGCCCGAGGACAGCACGCUCUUCCCAAAGCUGCUGCUGCGUCUGCCGGACCUGCGCACCCUGAACAACCAACACUCAGACAAGCUUCUCGCCUUCCGGAUCGACCCGUGAUUUCAUCAGGAAUCUGCUUUUGGAUCCGCCUUUGCAAGCUCGUUCAGCUCCCUGACCUGUGGGAGCUGAUCUGAACCGGACAAUUUCAGAACAUCGGCACCGAAAGACGAUGCAGCGUAGGGGGUGGGGGUGCUCCACAACUGAAAGACUUUCCUCCAGUUGCUUCCAUUUGAAAGAAAUAAAAAGCUUUUAUUUGAAUUUGUUGGGACUGUCCAAUCACCCCCACCCUUUCCUGCCAGAGUUUGAAUGAAACAAACUUUGCAGAAGACCAAAAAAAUAAAAGAGAAGGCCUGUCAUUCCAGCUGAGCACAAACUGUCGUCCAGAAUCAGAAGAACAAUGACUUUUAAAGACUUUCUACUGUAAGUUCUUGCUGCAAAUGUAAAGGCACCUUUCAUACACUGAGAAACCUCUUAAAAAUAUAUAAAGUAUAUUCAGCAAUAGUCAUUUCUAACAUGUGUAACAGCAGUUUGUGUUGAAAAGACAUAAGCUAUUUUAAUACCAUGUUACCGUGUGGGAAAUCUUUAUUCAAAUCACCCAUUUGUGAUUGAUUUGUGUUUCAUAUUUUUGAGAAAUGAGUUGAAUUGUGUUUGUACACAGUGAUCAUGGAGAAAUUAUUGGUCAUUUUAGACCAUGCUUGAAUGGCUAUUUGUAAAGAUGUUCCGUUGUAUAUUUUGUACAUAAUGUUCCUAGUUUGUACUCUCGCUAGCUUGCAGAUUCUUGAACAUGUCAAAUGAAUUAUUGUGUGGUAUCACAUUCGAUAAGCUGCUCUAAAGGCCGCAAAUAGAGACAAAUAUGUGCUUUUUCCCCCCUGUAAAUAGAGGUUUAAAAAGUGUAUUGUAAACUGACAGCAUCCUCUUGUGUACAUAUUGUAAAUGUUUACAGUUACAAUAUAGAGUGCCACUAUUAAAACAUGUUCUAUCUAUAGCA